CAUCAGCUUCAUCCCCUCUUUUCUUUCUUUGGGUACCACCUCAGCACAACCGUCGGUUUCACGCACAGCAUGAGCACUAAUCAGAAUGGAAAAUCACAGCGACGGCAUCUGGGUGUCACCAUGCCCAUCUCUGAAAACUUUCCGACGCCAGAGGAUCAGGAGAGCACGGAGAGGCUACUUCAGACGCUGAAGAGUCAAGGACUGUUUGAGUCAGAAGAAGAGAGUCGACGAAGAGAGAUCGUUCUUGGGAAAUUGGACAAAAUGGUUAAGGAAUUUGUCUACGUUGUCAGCGUGCGCAGGAAUCACCCAGAAUCAAUAGCUAGAGAGGCUGGUGGCAAGAUCUUCACGUUUGGUUCUUAUCGACUUGGCGUGCAUGGAUCAGGGUCCGAUAUCGAUACGCUUUGUGUUGUUCCAAAGCAUGUGGAGCGCGAAGACUUCUUCGAUGUGAUGCACGAUAUGCUCCGCCGUCGUUCAGAAGUGACCGAGCUUACCGCAGUCCCUGAUGCUUUUACACCUGUCAUCAAGAUGAAGUUUUCUGAAAUUCCUAUUGAUCUCACGUUUGCACGACUCGGCUUAUCGACCAUACCGGACACUCUGGACUUGUCUGACGAUAGUUUGCUCCGCAAUCUAGAUGACCGGUGCAUUCGUUCUGUGAACGGAUCCCGCGUGACGGACGAAAUUCUCCGACUGGUCCCCAACAUUCCAGCCUUUCGCAUGGCCUUGCGAUGUGUCAAACUGUGGGCUCAACGACGUGCCAUUUACUCCAAUAUGAUGGGAUUCUUGGGCGGUGUUGCAUGGGCCAUGUUGGUCGCAAGGGUGUGUCAGCUUUACCCAAAUGCCUGUGCAGCCACCAUAAUCUCGAGAUUCUUUUCCAUUCUUCAUCAAUGGCCCUGGCCGCAGCCCGUGCUGCUGAAACCAAUUGAGGAAGGACCCCUGCAAGUGCGAGUGUGGAAUCCAAAGCUUUAUCCUGCGGAUAAGGCCCAUAAGAUGCCGAUUAUCACUCCUGCAUAUCCAUCGAUGUGCUCAACCCACAAUGUCACGGAUUCCACUAAAUCUGUUAUGCUGUCUGAAUUUAAAGAAGCUGCCGAGCUGGUCAACAGGAUCAUCGUAGAGCGCAUUCCUUGGUCCACUUUGUUUGCAAAGGACGACUUUUUUUCGCGCUAUCGCCACUAUAUCCAGGUCAUCGCUUCAUCAGACUCGGAGGAGCGGCACUUGCGAUGGUCCGGCUUUGUAGAGUCCAGGAUACGACAUCUUGUCACAAAGUUGGAGCGCGUUGAAAACUUGGUGCUGGCACAUCCUUACAUUAAGGGCUAUUCGAAGACGAUCCAGUACAGGACAGCAGCUGAAAGGGAGGAUGCGGCACAUGGAAUUACCCGUGCAGCGUCGGCAGAUCAAAAGGACCUCAGUACAGAAUCUGCCGAGCCGCACACCAUGUAUAUCUCGACCUACUAUAUCGGUUUGAGUAUUCCAGCUCGCGAAGCCGGAUCCACGGGCCACAGAAAGUUGGAUUUGUUUAGGCCAAAGGAUGAGUUUACAGAUAUGGUCAAAUCCUGGGACAAGUUUGACUCUCAAUCGAUGGGCAUUGUGGUUCAACACAUCCGCAGCGCCGCUCUUCCAGCUGAAGUGCUCGACGAUGUGGAUCAAAAGAAGACGAAGCGAUCAAAGUCUGGCAAGAAAUCGACUGCAGUGGAUACUAGACCCCCUACCAAGAAGCGUCGCGGCUCUGUGGGCCAGAAUGGUGCUUUAUCUGACGCGACACUCUCGACGCCUGCGGACACCGUAGAGACCCCGGCAACCAUAGCUUCGCCUAUAGUGAAGAAUGAUGUGUCUGCACCAAGCACGCCAAUUGUUCCUCAAGCUUGAGAGCCCGAAGAAUUGGUGAAUGCAGCGUCACCAUCAUCUUUUGACCUUUUUUUUAUCCUCGCCGACUUGCUGCCCAUUUCUCAUAUUGUCCUCAAUGUUGUGAACGGGGCGGCAUCUACAAGUAUUCUCCUUUUUUUUUUAUGUUUAUCAGUCCCAGGUGCUAUGGAUGCUAUGGACAACAGUCAUUCUAGGUCUUGUUGCUGCGAGGAUUCUGGGAUGUUAAAGCAACUGUUGCCCUCCACAAAGUAAGUGUCUCGCAUACUUCCAAUUUUACGUCCGACGUCUGUAGCAGAAUAUACAGAAUGUCUUUCCAAAAGAUAAUCUCCGUCUUUUUUUUUUUUUU